AUUCACUCCUCUAGUCACCAAAGACGAGCAACAUGCGAGUCUCAUUCGUCGCCCUCAGCAUCUUGCUGGUCUGCGCAGCACAGAUCUCAGCUGCCGAAAUCAAAGACAAACUCAUCGACGCCAAAAGCCUGAAACCAGAAAGUAUAGAAAAAGCAGCAGCCGACCACACCGAACUCCAAGAACUAGACAUCAAAGACCUAGACGACGACAAAGAAAAAGACGAGGAAAUCAAGAGGAAGAAGAAGUCAGCAACAACCACAUUCUGCGUGGAGAUCCGUCCCAGCGGGGACCAAAAACCCUUCCAAGUGUGCGAGCCAGGUUAUGCACCGCCUAGCCAGCCCAACUACCCCUCAACUCCAUACCAGGCAGCCCAGGCCCAGCAGAAACCCGCAGCUGCUUACUCAGCUCCUGUAAAAACCUAUGCAGCCAGCCCCGCUUCUCCAGCAAAACCGUACACCCCACACAACAGCUACAGUACCUACAGAUCCAGCGAUGACAUGGAGGCAGAAGAAAGGGAUGACAUGAGAAUGAAUCAAGACUCAGACGAAGAAGAAGAAGAUACCAACAUGCGUUCAGCCUACGACACGCCUCACUAUAGCCAUGGAUAUGGUUCCCCACAUGCCAGCUACGGUGCAGCUGCAUCCAAGAAGGGCCAUAGCCACAACGGCCUAGUAAUCACUUGCCAACCCAACCUAGCUGGCUACGCUCAUGGAAUACCGACCUAUGGCCACCCCUCUGCUGUGCCGAGCUACAACUACAGAGCUGCGAGCGGUAGAUACGGCAGGCCCUACCAGCCAUACAAACCACAGCAACAGCCUUAUGGCAGCUACCAGCACGUUUCCAAACCUGUCAACAAACCAGCGUACAGCCCGGCACCAUCAUACUCAGCACCAGCAGCCCCAGCCUACUCUGCCCCGUCGUACUCUGCACCAGCAGCCUCCGAAUACUCUCCACAGCCUGCAUACCCUCAACCUCAUGCCACUUAUGCAGCAUACAAACAACCAGCAUAUCCUUCUGCGGGGUACAAAGCUCCAGCUGCACCGAUGUACUAUCAAAAACCCGCUCCAGCUUAUCCACAAACUUACGCUGCGCCAGCUAAGCCACAACCAUACGAGGCCCCAGCUUAUCCACAAACUUACGCAGCUCCAGCUAAGCCACAGUCAUACGAAGCCCCAGCUUAUCCACAAGCUUACGCAGCCCCAGCUAAGCCCCAAUCAUACGAAGCCCCAGCUUAUCCACAAGCUUACGCAGCCCCAGCUAAGCCACAAUCAUACGAAGCUCCAGCUUAUGCAGCUCCAUCUUAUGAAGCACCGGCUCACCCUCCAUCUUACAAGCCACAAUCAUACGAAGCCCCAGCUUACCCAGCCCCAGCUAAGCCACAAACUUAUGCAGCUCCAUCUUAUGCAGCACCUGCUAAACCACAAUCUUACGCAGCUCCAGCUAAGCCAGAACCAUACCAAGCUCCCGCUAAGCCACAAUCAUACGAAGCCCCAGCGUACCAAGCUCCAGCUUAUGCAGCACCUGCUCCAUCUUACUCUGCUCCAGCUAAGCCACAACCUUACGCAGCACCAGCAAAGCCACCAACUUACUCAGCUCCAGCUAAGCCACAAACUUACGAAGCGCCUGCUUACCAAGCACCAGCACAGCCUGCUUACACAGCCCCAGCUUACCACGCAGCUCCAGCAUACCAAGCCCCGGCACCUGCAGCUCCAGCAUAUCAAGCACCUGCAGCUCCAGCAUAUCAAGCACCUGCAGCUCCAGCAUAUCAAGCACCUGCAGCUCCAGCGUACCCCCAGCCAUCAACUCCUUAUUCUGCUCCUGCAGCUCCUUCUUAUGUGGCUCCUGCUACCUACAGAGAUGCUGAAGCGCAAGAUGAGCAGCAGGUGGCUGCUGCCGAUGACAAGAGCGAGAAGGAGAACCAAACCUUGAAGAAGAUGGAGGAGAUUUCGGAACAGAGGGCAGCUGGAGGUAGAUGGGGCACUGAAAUGGGCUCUGACAGCAAGGAUGCCAAGAAGGAUGAGGCGAUGAAGGCGACAGGAAAUUGGAGGGCGGCCGGUGGACCUUGGGGUGCUGAAGAUGAGGCGAGAGGGAUGAAGAAGGAUGAGCACAUGAAUGGAAGCGAUAAGGCUAGGGAGAACGAAGUCGACGAGACCAUGUAGAUAGUUUUAGGGAUACUUGUUUUUACUUUUGUACAUUUUUGUAGGAAUUAUUUAUUGGUG